AUGGCGUUUGCCGCCAGACAAUGCCCUCAUUCUUCUCUUCUCUUCUCUCCUCUCCUCUCUCCUCUACUUCCUCUGUUCUGGAACUCUGCCAUCACCACAUGCACCCUCGAUGCUUCCAACCCGGGCCUCGCUUUCUUUAUUGCUGUGUCUACUGUUCUCCUCAAAACAGCACAACAAAAGAAUCUGGAAGGAUAUGUGGGCUUUGCGAGCCUGCCAAACCAAGUGUACAGGAAGUCAGUGAAGCGCGGCUUCGAGUUCACCCUCAUGGUUGUGGGUGAAUCUGGCUUGGGCAAGUCGACGUUGAUCAACUCUCUCUUCCUCACGGACCUCUACUCUUCAGAAUACCCUGGUCCUUCAAAUCGCGUCAAAAAGACAGUGCAGGUCGAGCAGUCCAAAGUGUUACUCAAAGAGGGUGGCGUUCAGCUUCUCCUCACGAUAGUGGACACUCCAGGAUUCGGCGAUGCGGUAGACAAUAGCAACUGCUGGCAGCCGGUGAUCGAUCACAUCGACCACAAGUUCGAGGAUUACCUGAACGCAGAGUCGCGGGUCAACCGGCGGCAGAUGCCUGACAGCCGGGUGCAAUGCUGCCUCUACUUCAUCGCUCCAUCAGGCCACGGGCUGAAGCCGCUGGACAUUGAGUUCAUGAAACGGUUGCACGAGAAGGUGAACAUCAUCCCCCUCAUCGCCAAAGCAGACACGCUCACCCCCGAGGAGUGCCAACAGUUCAAGAAACAGAUCAUGCAAGAAAUCAAGGAGCACAAAAUCAAGAUCUACGAAUUUCCAGAGACAGAUGACGAGGAGGAGAACAGACUGGUGAAGAAGAUCAAGGACCGCCUGCCCCUGGCUGUGGUGGGCAGCAACACCAUCAUCGAGGUGAACGGCAAACGCGUGCGGGGAAGGCAAUACCCGUGGGGCGUGGCAGAGGUUGAGAAUGGGGAGCACUGUGAUUUCACAAUCCUCAGGAACAUGCUCAUCAGAACCCACAUGCAGGACCUGAAGGACGUGACAAACAACGUCCACUACGAGAACUACAGAAGUAGGAAACUGGCCGCCGUCACCUACAACGGCGUGGACAACAACAAGAGCAAAGGCCAGCUCACCAAACUUGACACAGUUGAAGGCAUGAGCCCCCUGGCCCAGAUGGAGGAGGAGCGCCGGGAGCACGUGGCCAAGAUGAAGAAGAUGGAGAUGGAGAUGGAGCAGGUGUUUGAGAUGAAGGUCAAGGAGAAGGUGCAGAAGCUCAAAGACUCCGAGGCCGAGCUGCAGCGACGUCAUGAGCAGAUGAAGAAGAACCUGGAGGCUCAGCAUAAGGAGCUGGAGGAGAAGCGGCGCCAGUUUGAGGAGGACCGCGCCAACUGGGAGGCUCAGCAGCGCCUCCUGGAGCAGCAGAAACUCGACGCAUCCAGAACUCUGGAGAAAAACAAGAAGAAAGGGAAGAUCUUUUAAAGCCACAGACCAGACCAGAGCUGAAGUGUUGUACGUGCCAACCCACAGCCUGGCCUGGGCCAAUAGCAGACCGGGGCCUAGUGCCCACGCUCACACGUGCAAAGACCUUUACUUACGCACUCUUACUCUCUCUCUCUCACACACACACACACACACACACACACACACACACACACACACACACACACACACACACACACACACACACACACACACACACACACACGCAUAGGCACAAGCAAUGUACACACACAAAUACACGGGCACAAGCAAUUACACACACAUGCACACAUACACACAGGCACAAGCGUACAUAGAGAAUGGUGAGGUCUUUAAGAACUGUGCUGCAUAUUGAGUGACGGAGGGCUGAACAAGGAUCCUCUCCUGUGUGUGGGGGGGUCACUUUACGUUACAUUACUGCCACUCUUUAGGCAGGCCAAACCCCAUAUUAUAUAUAUGAUAUAUACCCAAUUCUGUACUCAGAAAAAAAGUUUAUUUUUUUCUUUUUUUCACUCUGUUUUUACCCUCCACCCCUUCUUUUAUCCAUGUAACAGCCAACAUCAAACACUUCAAAACGCGAGACAUCUCUAACUGUUGCACAAUCACUUCUCUUUCUCGCCCUGUCAUCUGUUUACCUGAUAUCAAACGAAAAAGAGAAGGACAAAACCCCAUCCUUCCUGGUGUCUGUCUGUUUUUCUUUGAGGAAAAUGCCAUCUUAACUUUUUUGUUGUUGUUGUGUUGUGAGUAAUGUUAUGCUUAAAACCUCAUUCUCUAAUGGUAUACCAUGACGCAUAGCCAAAAAACUUGAUCUCACAGAAUCCCGUGAAAUCACCAGUGUGACCAAUGUGACACAAAAUCUGUGGCAUCUUAACAGACUUUGUCAAAAUUCCGUGAUGGGGUCACGGAACUGCAUUCAUUCAUGAUCGGUGCACGGAAGUGCUGUCUCUAUUCUCACAGCUCUAUGCUCCCUCCAGCAGUUUGUCAGUUUUCUAAUGGUAGACUUGACAUAGUGCUGUGGGAAAAUAGUUUCGUGAAUCCAUCACGGAAAACACUUCCAUGAACCUGACACGGAAUUUUGGCAAAAUCUGUGAUAUUGCCAUAGAUUUUGUGUCCCAAGGGACCAUGUUGAUUUUAUGGAAUUCUGUAAGAUUAGGCUGCCAAAAAAAGAAAAGAAUCUGUCACCAAUCACUCUUACAUCUUAAAGAGAUGGAGGUCCGGAACCUGCCUUCCUCUCACAGUUUUUAUAAACUAUCCAAAAUAUUUCCAGACGUUAAAAAAAAGAAACGCUUUUCUGUGUCUAGCCACUAGCAUUGGACCACCAUUUAUAUCGUAAUUCAUUGUUAUAUUUCAUUUAGUUUAUUUUUAUAUAAAUAUAUAUACCGAGCCAGCUUAAGUAAUAUUUUUUGUAUGUUAAAAGGAGGCUUCUUGGAGAGGCUUGUGAAUUGGAUUGACAGGUUCAAAUGAAUUCAUAACGCAGGGGAUGCUAUAAAAGAGUUAAAAAAUGAACAUUUGUCAUAAGCAUUUACAAGGCUUGUGUGUAACUUUGACACAAGUUAUACUACCGCCAAGUACACGUCUACAGCGUUUUUGUUUUUUUUUCCCUUCUUUUUGUCAUGUACUCCUGUAUUUUUAUUUUAUUUUUCAUUUGUAUUGUACAGUCACUUAAUAAACUUGUGAAGAUACAGGCUAA